AGAUUAAAGCGCAGGGCAUCACUGCCGCUCCCUCCCUAAACUGUUGUGCUGUCCACCUGUGCAGAAUUAUUUCCGCCCAGACAGCAGACAGGAGACACUUCGACAUCCAUCGCCGGCCAACGGAUUACUUGAGGUUGAUCCGCCGUUUGGUGCGAAGGCAGACGAAGGACUAAGUUGCCAUUAUCGCCUCGUUUUUUUUCUCCCGCUGCUGCUGCCUUUCCGUUACUGGCACACGUUCAGUUGUUAGCCAUUGCAGUUUUUAGACUACUUUAUUUUGUGGCGGUUGCUUGUUUCUUUCCUUUCCACCGAAUCCCUUGGUUUUUCUGUCUUUCCACAACGCUCUGUGGUUUUCGGUGGUUAUCCACAUACGUCCGCCUGCAUUGGAAAUUAAAGCGUCCGUUUUUAUUGUCCCUGCUUGCUCGCUGGCUGCUGCGCUGAAGGCGUCCGAUCAGGACGAAAAGGCGCAGUACAGAGAGCAGAGCGGAGCGCGUCUCCAGCUCUACAUCGGCGCACAAUCUGAGAGGCGAUCCUAUAGCGCACCGCACCGCUCUUUCACGCACACAUGGGCACGGACACGCACGCUGACAUGCACGUGCGCACACAUGAAUGUAAAUCCGGAGACGCUGCUAUUUUCCCUCUGGGUGCAUACAUAGCUUUUGAUAGAAAUUAAACUCCAGAGUUUUCUAUUGAGUUUGAAGCAGAAACGCGUUUCCGUCCACCCAUCCAUGCACCCUUGGCAAGUUAAUUUUUGAAACGCACAGGACGGACACCCACUAAGGAAGCCAUCGCAGAUACAUUCUUAUCUAAAAGAUGAGAGAAAUUGGCCCCAGCGGAUCUUCCGUCGGUCACCGGAACAGCGAGUGCAGGGUCGGGGCAGAGGGCACCGGGGAGAGAGGACAGGGAGAGGCCGGGGAGGAGGAGCUCUCAGCCGGACUGCCCGCCGCGGAACAGCCGCGGCUGCCGGUCCUCAAGAAGCAGGCUGCUGCUGCCGGGGGGAGGCGGGGGGAGGAUGAACAGUGCCUCAGUGUAAAAUUAUAACACUCAGCCGGCUUUGGGUGUGUUUGUUUUUCUGUCACGUUUCUUCUCUCUAAUUAGUGUGGAGAUGCGAGAUAACGAACAGUGGCCUACUUAAUAACUGUCACCCCGUACUCUUAUCAACGUGGCACUUUUGGGUCACCUUAAAGGUAAAUUCAGCACUUUGGAGAAGUACAAGCCUGCUGUGGCGAAUUUACCUGGGCAGUUGCAUCUGUAAGGACAUCCUCCCAUCUACAGGUCACUUACAUCAGUUUAACUCUGUGUUAUGAUUACUGAUGUGUUAUUUUCUUGGUAGUAUUUGUAGUUGAUACAUUAGAUUUACCCAAUAGAUAAUCUUCAUAUAAUCUUUGUAUAGGGCCUGUGUCUGUGGUGCUCAGUAGUGAGUUUAUGAUCACCAAAUUGCACUUGAUGGUAUUUUAUAUCUUCUAAAUAUUACUAGGCUAUAAUAUUUCUUUAGGAUAUUAUAUAUAAAUACAUAGUUUUCUGUUAUAUUUGUAUAGUAUUGUACUUUACUGUAGUUCUUUUUCUAACAUACCUUAAGAACUCACUUACUCUAAGAUAUAGCUAGAUACUGAAGGAACCCUGCUUCCAGGUGCCUUGGUAGUGGAGACUAGCAGUUUAUCAUUUAUUCAUAUCCUUAUUUGUCUAUGAAAUAUUUAAAGGUCAUGGAUUGAUUUAAGGCCGUCAUUCAUCCACGUUGCAAAAUGGAAGUGCUUUGCUGUACAGGGCUUUUGUAGGGGAGGUGACUUUACUGGCUUUGCUUUAGUUAGAGUCCUUGUGAUUCCUAUAUUUUACUUUAUUUGACAGCUGGCUAUUUGAGCAAUACUUCUCUGUAUGGAACUUGAACACAGCCUCAUAAACCCUCCAGAGGAUGGUCCCUUCCUCAGACAAACACAUGUGUGUCAUGACACUUGUUGGCAGGUGCCGUUUGCAGAUACACCAACACGCUCAGUUAUUUAUAGACGUUAAUAUCACUGUGUGCUUUUGGAGUAUCGAUUCAGAACAAGUGUCGAUGCUCGGUGGAAUGUAACACAAACUACGGAACUGCUGCAGUUUCAUACAGACACCGACACUCAGUGGAAUACAGGCUGAAGUCAGUGAAUCUCCAGUCGUAGCUGACAUCAGCUUACUGUGGAGUCAUAUAGACUGGAAACCCAGAGACAUUGCCUCUACAAGUCUGGACACAAAGCACAGCAAGGCCCACCUGAUCUAGAUCAUCGCGCCCGGCGGAAAAGCAUAGCCACUGGGAAGCAGCCCAGCAUGGAGGUCCCUCCCACUGCCCCAAUUCAACCCUUCCGACAAUCCGUGAGUAACCCCCACUGUUCCCGGCCUCGCUCACUGCCUCCAUCCCUUUCACUGUCCCUCCUCCCUCUUCCCGCCCUAGGCCCGCCACACACUUGUGGCCACCGGGCCAGUACCCCGCUUCACCCUUUUCCCCUCUCCCUGCUUAUCUCCCCCUCCCUCUCCUUGUGCGAGCAGCAGCAGCAAAAGGGCUCCAAAAAAGGGUCUGGCACGCCCCCCUUGCCCCGUUCGCUGCCCCUCUCCCCCUCCCUAUCCUUCACACUUCCCCACUCGCCUGCUGCCUUGUCUUCCUCCUCCUCCCCCCUUUUCUCGUAUUGGGGCGGAGACUGGAGGGCUGCCAGUUCGAGUCCAGUGGCAGGAAGAACGUUUAUUGCACCUUUGCCCCCUGUCGAGAGUUUCCUCAGUAGGAGGUUGAAGGGCUCGAUCAAGAGGGCUAAGAGUCAGCCCAAACUGGACCGAACCAGCAGUUUCCGCCACAUGAUCCUCCCCCGCUUCCGCAGUGCCGACCAAGACAGGACCCGUUUGAUGCAGAGCUUCAAAGAGUCCCACUCCCAUGAGUCCUUGCUGUCUCCCAGCAGCGCUGCCGAGGCACUGGACCUCACUCUGGACGAGGACGCCGUCAUCAAACCUGUCCACUCGAGCAUUCUGGGACAAGAGUACUGCUUUGAGGUGACUACGGCAUCGGGAACCAAGUGCUUUGCGUGUCGCUCAGCAGCAGAGAGAGACAAAUGGAUCGAGAACCUGCAGAGAGCUGUCAAGCCCAACAAGGACAACAGCCGGAGGGUGGACAAUGUGCUCAAACUGUGGAUCAUCGAGGCCCGCGAACUUCCAGCCAAGAAACGCUACUACUGCGAACUUUGUCUGGACGACAUGCUGUAUGCACGCACCACCAGCAAGCCCCGCACCGAUACGGUUUUCUGGGGCGAGCACUUUGAAUUUAACAACCUGCCAGCCGUCCGCAACCUACGCCUUCAUCUAUACAAAGAGACAGACAAGAAAAGACGCAAGGAAAAGAGCACAUACUUAGGACUUGUGAGCAUCCCCAUCUCAAGCAUCACUGGACGUCAGUUUGUGGAGCAGUGGUACCCGGUCAUCCAACCCAGCGUCCUCACCAAGGGAGCUGGUGGCGGAGGGGGGAAGAUCAUCAACGCAUCCCUACGCCUCAAAUCCCGCUUCCAGACCAUGAACAUCCUGCCCAUGGAGCUGUACAAGGAGUUUGCAGAGUACGUCACCAAUAACUACCGCACCCUGUGUGCCGUGCUUGAGCCUGUGCUGAGUGUCAAGAGCAAAGAGGAAGUGGCUUGUGCAUUGGUGCAUAUACUGCAGAGCACGGGGAAAGCUAAGGACUUCCUGUCAGACAUGGCGAUGUGCGAGGUAGACAGAUUCAUAGACCGAGAACACCUUAUCUUCAGAGAGAACACUCUGGCCACCAAAGCCAUAGAAGAGUACCUCAAACUGAUUGGACAUAAGUACCUCAAGGAUGCUAUAGGGGAGUUCAUAAGGGCCCUGUAUGAGUCAGAGGAAAAUUGUGAAGUGGACCCCAUGAGAACACCACCCUCUGUGCUCCCAGACCACCAAGCCAAUCUCCGAAUGUGCUGUGAACUAGCACUCUGCAAGAUUGUUAACUCCCAUUGUGUUUUUCCUCGAGAGCUAAAGGAAGUAUUUGCCUCCUGGAGAGUGCGCUGUGCUGAGAGAGGUCGGGAAGACAUCGCUGACCGUCUCAUUAGUGGUUCCCUCUUCCUACGCUUCCUGUGUCCUGCCAUCAUGUCCCCAUCACUCUUCAACCUCACGCAGGAGUAUCCCGACGAGCAGACUUCACGCACGCUCACCCUCAUCGCGAAAGUAGUGCAAAACUUGGCCAAUUUCUCCAAGUUUGGCAAUAAAGAGGAGUACAUGUGUUUCAUGAAUGAGUUUUUAGAGAUGGAAUGGGGUUCCAUGCAGCAGUUCCUGUACGAGAUCUCCAACGUGGACAGUGUCAGCAAUGCAGGCGGCUUUGAGGGAUACAUUGACCUGGGCAGGGAGUUGUCCAUACUCCACAGUCUUCUCUGGGAGGUCAUAGCUCAGCUCAGCAAGCAAAACUCAGCAAAACUGGUUUUCUUUGAACCACAGGAUGCUAUCAUCAAACUGGGUCCUUUGCCUCGCCUCCUGAAUGACAUCAGUAUGGCCUUGCGUAACCCACACCUGCAGAGGCAGCCCAGCCAUCAGACAGACAGGGUGCAGGAGAGGCAGACCGACAGGCUGCUAUCACGACCAAGCUUCAACAGGGGCAUCUCAUCAGAGUUCCAAAAUCUCAUGAUGAGGGAUCUUAAUAGCUCUAUAGAUAUCACGCGCUUGCCUUCCCCCACCUCCACCGGAGGAGUCAUGCCAUCCCGCUCCCAGAUGGGUUUUCAGGACCGUGACCAGCUCCAUCGUGCGUCCUCCAAAGACAUGUUUUACGUAUCACGCCCUCCCUUGGCCCGAUCCAGCCCGGCCUACUGCACAAGCAGCUCAGACAUCACGGAACCAGAUCCUAAGGAUUCCCGAAUGAACAGCGUGUCUAACCUGCAGUCGGUGGACAUGCUCAACUCCUCCCAGGCCUCCAUCGCCGGCAUGGGCAGCUUCGGAGGGCUGAGCAGCGGAGGCGGUGGCGGCCUGGGGUCAGGCCUGAGCAGCCAGCUGCGGGCCGGUGGGAGGUUGUCAGCUGGCUCUGGCGGCUCCAGCAUGUCGGGCGGCCUUCGGCUGAGCCAGCUGAGCCAGAUGGGCACCACCACCGACUCGCUAUCCCAGCAGCAGCAACAGCAGGCCGCCGCCAUGCGCUACCCGCUUUCCUUCCAGAAUCCCCUCUUUCAUCUGGCGACCGCCGAUGGGCCUCAACAGCAACAGCUCCAUCACCAGCACAGCCGGGCUCAACCUCCAGCGCCCCUGCUCCUAGCCCCAGAGCCUGAUCCCUCUCAUCCGACCUACAUGCCACAGUUCGCCCAUGGGGGGUUCUCUCGCAGCGAGGACCUGUCCACCCUCAGGACCAGGGACAAUCACCUGGGCCAACCCAGCAUCAUCCAUUCACACAGCUACAGUGACGACUACAGCAGGGCUGAAUAUGGACGCAGGCAGAUGUCCACGCAUGUGCAGGAUAACCUCCAACAGCAACAACAAAUGAUGGGCCUGGCCUCCCAGACCGGAACGUCCCACUCCUCCCUGGCCACCACGCCCCCCACCACAGUCCAACCCGUGCGCCAGAGUUCUGUUGCCCCGCCUCCCAUCCAGCGUGUUAAGUCCCAGACCUCCCAUCAGCUGUCUGUCAGUGCGGCUGCUGCACCUGCUGCUCUGGCUAAAACACGACCGCCCAGCGGCAAUCUCCUCCAGUCACCGGAGUCCGGCUACGGCGGCAGGCAGCACGGAUCCCGGCAGCUGUCCGUCAAAGACAACACUGCCCCGGGGCUGCCCCACCAGCAGAGCUCUGUCAGGGAAAGCCAGAGUCCACAGGGAACCACCAGUCAGAGCACUCAACAGUCACCACAGCAACAGCCUCAGCAACAGCACUUGCUCAAACCCACCAUGAGCAAACAGGGCUCCCAGACUCCAUCUACCCUUAAUCCCCCAACCCCAGCCAAUGAGCGAACGGUGGCCUGGGUCUCCAACAUGCCACAUCUGUCGGCUGACAUUGAAAGUUCGCGGAUUGACCGUGAAGAGUUCAAACUGAAGGAGUACUCAAAGAGCAUGGAUGAGUCACGCAUGGACAGGGUACGGGAGUACGAGGAGGAGAUCAACUCCCUGAAAGACCGCCUGGUGAUGUCCCACAAAAAGCUGGAGGAGUACGAGCGGAGGCUCCUCACGCAGGAGCAGCAGACCAAUAAGAUCCUCCUACAGUACCAGAAUCGACUCGACGACAGUGAGAGGAAGCUACGGCAACAGCAAGUGGAGAAAGACUCCCAAAUUAAAGGAAUAAUUAGCAGACUUAUGGCUGUGGAGGAUGAGUUAAGGGGAGGACCCGUGAUUGAGCCAAAAACCAGGAUUUUCCCUGAUCAGGAAGAGCAGCUUUCCUCCCUGGGUUAUGCAGACCCCGGUGUGAAAACUGAAGGUGGAGGGGGAGGUGGAGGCGGAGGAGGAGGAGCGGUAAUCAACGAUCAAGGCCUCAGAGUCUCUUCCUCGGGCAUUUCCUCUGACAGCUCGCCCCACAAUGGAGUCCUCCCCCAAACUGUAGAACCUCCCUCUCUACCCACUCCUCAUCAACAUCCUAGUCAGAAUGGAGAGCUCCGUGGCAACCAAACAUCCUCCCCCAUGACAACCUCACAGGCAACUGGAACCACAGCAACAGCAACCACAGGCAUAGCAGAAGAAGGGGGAGUAGGUCAAACACAACGCUGAGCCAAAUCAGAGAGAGACGACACAAAGGAAAACACUGUCCCUGUCUUAACCAUUAAGCAAGACUAUGCUUUUGAUAAGAAUUGGCCGUAGAUGUUCUUAUUCCCCAUUCAAGAGAGAGAAGAAAAGUGUGCGGGUGACGAGUAGUUAUCAUGCAGUUACUGUACUAGCAUAACACAUGUAUACACAACCCAAAGGGCUCUUCAAUGGACACUUGUUCUCUUGAUGCUCACAUGGCGCAGCAGUUAGUAUCAGUCUUGCAGGACAAGAUAAUGAUACCUCGUCACAUACUGUUUGAAUCAGUCAAACAAAGCAUUUGACGUACAUACCAAGCAGAUAUGUAAACAUAUGCUCUGUACAGUCAUUGCCCGUCUGUGGUUUCAUGAGAAAUAAAUACAUGUAAGGAACAACAACUAUAGAAUGUCUUGCACCCCAAAGACUUCAUAGUAGCCAUUAGCAAGUGCUAUAAUAUAGUAACCCAUGACUACCAUGGAUGUAGGUGCAUUAAAUAGAUCUAUCCUGAACACGCCAGGCUGCAAAUUGUGUUGUUAGAGAUGUGGUGAUGUAGUCUGGCUUCCCUAGUGCCUUUGAGUGUUUUUCAACAGGGUUAUCCAAUAGAGAUCUGACACAGAAGAAACAGAUGUAGAUCUAAGAAAGCUUUGCUAGUAAGGGAAGUGCUCCGUGGGCUAAAAAAAAAGAGAUUAAAAGACAAGACACAAGAUCAAGUGUCUUAGAGGUUUGACGGAAGACAUUUUUGGGAACUUUUUCUCUUUGGGACUUCUUGUUUUUUGACUGAGCUCGUGCAAUUUUUCUCUUCUCAAUCUCAGAACCGAUAUGUUAUAAACUGGUGCUAAACAGAAACAAAUGGUGCCAUUUUCCAAGUCAAAUUUCUGUGUCUGCCAUAGCACUGCCUCUUUCAUGAUUCACUCACUGUCUUUUUCUCUCUCUGUCGCUGUUCUGCGGUCUUUGACAGGACUUGUAUUCCCCCAGUAUGUUUUGUAUGUGUCUUCUUUGUCUUUGUUCUUUGUGCAUCUGUUGUGUUCUUAUGUCCAAUGGGGUUGUUGGGGUUUCCAUAUCUAUGUUUUAGAAGCGGCCUCCUCCAAUCUCUGGUUUUAUUUCCAAUUGAUAAAAGCAGCUCCCAGGCUAAAAAUUAAGGGAUUAAACAGGGUAUUUCAAAAUUGUCAAAGCCCUAAAGUGUUAUUUUCAGUUCACAUUGAGAAGUAAUCAUUUUAAUAAUGAAUGAAGACGAUACUUUGAAUGGAAUGGAUGAAUGGAGUUUUAAAACGGUUUUAGUUAAAAAGUGAUGGUCCAUUGUGUUCAUAUAGGGAAGAUAAGUGGUGCCAUUAAUACAUUUAAAAAAAACAUUUUAAUCAUGCAAUUUUCACAAAAGACAAAUUAGUGAUUGCCCAAUUAUGUUACGAGUUUAGGUAAUUUACCACAUAUGGCCUAAUUUCACCACAGUAAACAUUGCCAGUGUGACAUGUUAACAAGGAUCCUCUUAUGUGAGAAAAGAUCAUUCUGUUUGUUUGCCUGCCAUUAAGUGCCUGGGAUUAAUAUAUUGAGCAUCCUUUGGCCAGUAGACUAGCUAGUCAUUGACCAAAUGCACAGUAUAAUGCCUUGUUAAAGACAAUAAGAAUAUAUUACACCGCUGCUGCUUAACAACAAAUCGUAACAUUUUUAUUUGUGUAGUUUACUUCAUUUGACAUUUCAAUUCAAAAUGAAAAAGCUGUUUCUGAAACCGUUUGAUAACAGCAUUAAAACAAGAUAAAAGACCUUCCCAGUACGUUUUUAGAAAUAUUGUAUGAUGUAUUUUUGAAAUGAAUCCUUCAGUUUCUUGUGUGUCAAAUGCUGAAAACAUGAGUCUUUAUAAUGUUUGUGAUGUGUAUCCAUAUUCCUUCAUUUUGUGUAUGAACUGUCUGUUGUACUGUAAGGUUUGUCUGGAUGUGAUCUUGUUUUUUUGUCUCUUUAGCCUCACACACUGGUAUCGCUCUGAAAGAACUCACCUUGUUUAAACGUGCAGGUUGAACCAAGAGGAGUUGAAGAGUUUCACAUCAGCUUUGUAUCAGCCAUUUUUCUCUUUGGAGAGAACAAACCGCUUACUUUGCCAUGUCAAAGGUCAAUUUACAUGGCCAAAGCUAGCACUGUGUAGGCCAGUGCUUUUGGAUUAGCUUGGAUCCAUACCCUAAAUGAAUGUUUUGACUGUGUAACCACCAAAUGUUAAUACUGCUAGCAGUCUUACGCAGGGAAAGAUUGUCUUUUAUUUAGACAGCUUGUAGGGCUAUUUUUUUUUGUAAAAUUACUUGUGUGUGAAGAAUGUUGAAUUUAAAAGCGGUCUAGGUUUAAACAUCAGUGUCUUUUCAGAGGUGGGAGAUGAUCCGUGAUUGAGAAAUUAACAUUGCUGUGAAAAUACCUCAGUGACUCAGGUAAACAAGCAGUUGCCUCAGAGCUGACCACAAAAACUAUAGAAAAAGAGAUGAGUCCAGCUUUGGAAAGACACUCGGUCUCUCGCUAUGCUUCAAUAGCACCUGAUCAAGCACCCUCCCCCGUUUCUUCUUUCUCUCCCCUUUUUUUCUCCCCCUAGCCACUCUCAAAGCUUCAUGGAGGACAAUGUGGAACGUAAUUGGCUGAUGCACCAUCGGCAGUCCGCAGGGUGGCAUAGCCAAAUGUCCAGAGCCUUCUCUCGUGACGCGAUUGGCUGACAAAGGGAGAACUUGGGGCAUUGGUCCCAUUCUCUUUGCUCAAAGGAUGGUGCAGAGCCCCAGCGGACCAUGUAAGGAAAUGCUGGGUUGUUUUUUCACUUUACUUGGGCCCUCUCUCUCUGAUUUGAUAACAGGAUUUUUUUUUAAAUCUUUUUGAUGCCUUGCAGUUGGAUUUACAUUUUACUUUUCAAAGGUAGGCUGGACACAUAUUGCCGUUUGUUAGCCUGCCGAGCAUGCAAAGAACAGCUAUGCAGUCUGAUCAAUCAGCAGAACGGAGGACACAAAGGCCAAGGAAGGCAUAAUGCCCAAAAUGAGAGAGAGAGGGGAGUUUAUUUUGGGUAAGAUAUAUUUCAAAGGUGCUUGUCUUCUCUUAAAUUUCAGUCAAAGCUGAUUUACUUUUAGAGCAUUUAUUUCCCUCUCUCUCUCACACUCUCUCUCUCUCUCUCUCCCCUCUCUCUCUCUCUCAUAGUCUUUUUAAAUUAGCCUUUGAUUCCUCUUCAUCUACUGACUCCUUGUCUAUUUAGGAUUCUCAAAGCAUUAUUUAACCACUUUGUUUAUACUCACACGUUUUAGACACACUUGAUCUCUUCCUCGAUUCAUAGUUUUAGCUCUUCCGUUCCAGUCUCUUUCAGACUUUGAUUUUAAAGGAAACUAAAUAUGCACAGCCUAAUACAACAAGGGAAACUGCUUUAGAACAAAACUCUUGCUUCAAUGAAGAUAUUGAAAAACCGGACAGAAUGUUAUUAUUUAUAUUUCUAUGAUACUGCUUAUUCUUACAAUAGUAUAUAUAAAAAAACUCUUCAUCAGAAAUCUUCCGGAGCAGAUAUUUAUUUCUUGAUAUAGAUAGAUGUCUCUAUCUAAUGGAAGUUCAUAUCCAUUUUAUAUGAACCAAGUUUUCUUACUAAGACAAUCCUGUGGAGAGAAUCAUUGCCCUAAUGGACCGUGAAUAAAGGGACAAACUUGUGUUUUACCUACUCCCCCUACAGCAGUUUGCACGUUGCUGUGACCUGUGCCCCCCUUCCUCUUGGUUAUAAUCAUUCAAAACAAAAAAAAACAAAAAAAGUGGACGGAUGUUUUGCCAAACAAUCGCCAUGGAGCUCUCCAUUAACGGACGAUGUGAAAGUCUUUGGAUGGGGACAUUCUUACAGCUAUUGUUUUGUACUCCACUUUCAACUACCUGUCUGUAGAGUUUUAAGCGAGCAGAGGAUGAACUCUUGAUUUCAGUGUGGCCACAUUUCUGCAGUCAAAUUGCUGUAAAACUUCCCAUUUAUUUCAAUGGAUGGACCCCACUGACACCAGUCUGAGUUCAAAUCUCUGAAAUUUCCACUUAUGACUAAAACAACGACAGAGAGAGAUAUGUUAGAGGUCCUGCUCAAACGAGUGAAUGUGUUUGUAUAUAAGUGUGUGUACUGGCUAAAUCUUUGUGUAUAUACUGGAUACAUGUGUAUAUAUGGUAUGUCUAUGUGUAUAUACAGUUUGUUUGUAUAUGCAGAGUGUACAGUUAUUUUUCCUCUAAUGUUUCUCUCUCUUUCUAUGAAUAGGUCUUCUCAACUUACCAAUACUGAGGCAUGGAAAGGUUUUUAAAUGAGCUAUCAGAGGCGCUCUGUGUGCAGACUUAGAAUAUCAGCAAGGUCUGUCACUAAUAGCUGCAUUCUCAAAGCUCUCGUACAAGAAGUAACUCACACAAUCUUUAGCUUGCACUCAUUUUCUGACCAACUAAAAAGCUUUUAUAAGUAGAUCUGGGUGUCCAAGCAAUGUUUGUACAUAUAUAGACUAAGACAUUUUUUUCCCAUAAACCUCCAUCUACAUAUCUUUGAAAAUGAUCACCCUGUUUUGAGAUCUUGCAUAUCUGACUUUCACUCUAGGUUCCUAUGGUAUAUGUUUGCAAUGGUUGUCAUUCAGAGUUAUAUAUUUAUUCAGACAACCCUUAUAUAUUUCUUAAAAUUUUGUUCCCCAAAUUCUGCCUCUCAUGGAGCCUUCUAACCUUUUGUUAAGAUUCGGUCAGACUGGCAAAUUCUUCCAUGAAAGUAUACUGUCAUUCCUUAACAUUGCUUGUUUUUGUAUAGGUCCUUUCUAAAUAAGUGUGCCUCCCCCUUAUACUCUUACUAACCUUAGAUGCAUUAUCUCCUCUGGUCACUCAUCUUCAUACCCCUUGACAAGCCAUAGCUCCCCUCCCCAAAACUACUAUAUUGUUGUUUUGACAGGACAGACAUUUGGGGAUUUUGUGUAUAUUAAUGGAAGAGUGGUGUUGAAGAGUGUAUUGCAGUUGUAUAUGGAUUUGUUAUGAAUGUGGAUAUUCUGAUCAUUGAAUUAUUAUUGUAAUAAUGAUAAUAAUUAUUGCCACUUUGAUUUUGUUGAUUAAUUCCUUUCAUGCGGCUGAUGAAAAUGCCAUUGUUCCUCUUUUUUUUUUGGAAUACACCGGAAUUUAUAUUUUUCGGGUGGGUGAAUCUGGAGAUAGAAAUACGUAAAUAAAUAAACAAAUAAUUAAAUUCUUAA